CAUUGCCCCUUACUCAGGUCUAGAAACCAGCGCGUGGCCAGAAGUAUCUAAAAACAUCGUCUCAUUUCCUUGGACUCUUCGAUCUAUAUCAACAGUACUAAAGCCACAGAGAUAGUACAUGUUUUCAGAAACAAACCAGCAUACUUUGUCAAGAGUUUGGCAUUAGCAAGCCUCCAAGAAACAUUUCUCUGCAGUGAUUGUAUCAAAUUGACACGCAAGAUAAAGUCCUGUCUGAAGAACUAUGGAGAACGAGCUACUAGCGAAGACUUCUGGUGACAAAGUUUCUUCUUCAGAGAACAGUCCAGUGCCAAGCCCAGGAAAAACAGACAGUGGAGACCCUCCUAAGUCUCUAAUAUUUCACGGUAUAUCAAAGUCUUUCCCCAAGGGCCGCAAGAGGAAGAAAGCCCACAAGGAUGUAAAUGCACCUAAAGCACCACUCACAGGCUAUGUGCGCUUUUUGAAUGAGCAUCGCGAAAAAGUGCGAAGUGAAAACCCAGACCUGCCUUUCCAUGAAGUGACCCGGAUACUUGGCAAUAUGUGGAGUCAACUGCCUACACCGCAAAAACAGCUCUUUUUAGAAGAGGCUGAAAAAGACAAAGAGAGAUAUAUGAAGGAGCUGGAAGAGUACCAAAGAACAGACACUUACAAAAUGUUUAUAGCAAAGCAAAAGGCUCUUAAAAAAGAUACUGAUACUGUGAAUGGGAGCUCUGAACAAGCAGUGGGUGAUGCAGAUGAGAAUGACUUGCUAUGCAAGACUUGUAACAUGUACUUUAAUUCGCCACACAAUAAGCGUGAGCAUUUGAAUGGCAAGAAGCACCAGAUGAUGCUCAAUACAGCAGCUGCUGAGAAAAAGGAAAAACUAAGCACCUCAGUGAAGGAUAAGAAAACUGACAGCAGAUCAGCAUCACCAGUAGAGGCAAUGGAUGAUGAUGAUGGUGACGUUGCUCAAACAGAUGGGGACAUCCCUAUUUUUACUGAAGAAUUUCUCAACUACAACAAAGUACGUGAAAAUGAACUUCGAAAGCUACGCAAGACAAACAGAGAGUUUGAAGAACAAAAUGCGAUACUCAGCAAGCACAUUGAGAACAUGAAAAAAGGCAUUGAAAAACUUGAAGGGGAAGCAGAGGAACAGCAGAGAGAAAUCACAGAGUUACAGAAACAUUUGAAUAAAUUACGGCGCAUCCUCAGUAAGAACUUGACUGGUAUCCAGUUGCCAAAUGGUGGCGAAACAGCAGAAAGUGAGACAGCCAUUGAUGAUUUUAUUGUUAAGUUACAUCAGUCAAUAGGGGAGAACCCCAAGGAAAACAUGGAGCUUGUUAAUAAAGUCAAAGAAAUCAUUACAAGGAUUGACUAUCCAAACUGCUUGAAAGAAGUAAACAGCUGACCUUAUGCUGUAUAAAUAUGUCUGUUUGACAGUGCCAGGUUUUGUACACUAGGGACUUUGUAUAAUCAUCUCUCUCCUUUGCACAAAUGUUUGACAUUGCUAAGUUUUGUAUAGCAACUUCAUAUAAAGACCAUAUGUACAUAAAAGCUGAUUUCAGACCUUUAUUUUUUGUAUCAAGCAGUGGCUGAUCAUGAAUUCAGGUUGAAUUUACAUGCCUUCAAUGAUCGUUGGCACCCUAUGAAUACACUCUGAGGUUUGACAGAAACAGUAGUUUGCUCUGGCACUGAGUAGUUACAGUUGUGUAAUAAUUUGGUAACAGUGACACAGGCAGGAUAACUAAUGUGCACAAAAGCUAGUAAUGGAAAUUUGUUAGAGUUGAUAGCCGCCCAUACAGAAGGCGUGGAGGGACAUGGAUACAAGCAUGGUGGGGGUUUGGGCAGAGUAUUGGUGUUUUUUUCCCCACUGUUUCUUAAUAUUGGAAACUUUUUCUAAGUAUUUUGGGGGUGUACAUAGAUUAAGGGUCAUUUUUUUAGGGGUGGGGAUAAGGAUUUUUAUUUUGGGGAUGGUUUGAAAUUUUGGGUGCUCUCAGUCCCCCCCCCUGUCAUGCUCAUAGCCGAGUAUCCCCAGGAUUACCACAUUUAUAGGUACAGUUGAGAAGUAAAUUCAGAUUGAAAUUUGUGCCUUGAUUUAAAAUCAUAGUUUUUGUGUUGUUUUGCACAACUAAUACUAGCAUUUUACCUUUCUGCCUGGGGAUGGGAUGGGGUUUUGACAAUCCUAGAGUAGAUAAUAAAGAUAAGUUUAGAUUUGCCUAACUUUUUCACAUCACAAAAAGGUUUUAGCAGGGUCUCUGUAACUUGAACUUUGUUGUACUUUGAGUGCUCUGUUUACUGAUUUAUUUUGUAACUCUUCUUUUACCCUCAUUUCAGUCUAAGGUGUUUUUUGCUGCGAUUUGGGAAAAAUACAAACAAACACAGAGUUAAUGUUUCAAGUGUAAUGUGCAAAUAUUAAGCCUAUGUAAGACUAAAUAACACAAGAAUUUGACUAUUUAUUAUGAGUUAGCGGAAAAAUAAAACCCUAUGCAAGUCAGUCAAAAA